AAUACAUUCAAAAUUUGAAACACAGCAUGACAGCGAAUAUACUGACGUCAAAAACUUCAUAAAAAUGAAUGAGGAAGGACAAAUUCCAGAUGAGCGAACACGAAUUGACAUAUAGAAGACUUCUGCCGACGAGCCGGGUGGUCGUCUCCGUAAUGGCCUGUAUAUCCUUCGUGUCGGGUGUGACUGCCGGCUACCUUUUCAUGACCAGCUUGGCGGGAGUUUCUCAGGCGGUGAAGAUUGUAUGGACCACUGGAUCGGCCGCAUAUGCCUUGGUCUCGCUUCUGCUUAUUAUAGGAGUUUGGAAGGUGAUUAGGUGGCUGGUUUAUCCGUACAUGUGCAUGCUCCUCAUGGCCAUUGCCGUAUACACGAUGAUCCUGCAGUCGUUAUUUAAGAAUCUCCCGGCUGCCGUCUUCACAUCCGUGGCUAUCAGCUUUAUAUUCCUUGGCAUUGCUUUGCACACGACCAAAACUAUGGAAGAAAAUCGCAGAAAUGCAGCCACUUAACUUUGCAAAGUAUUAUAAAUCUGCGCGUGAAGUGUACUUUAUUUAUUUU